AUGAGUCAUUCAUGUUUUUCUGCUUCCUUGUUUUACACUCCUUGCUUCCCCAAAAAUGCAACUCUUUCUACGCCUAUCCACUUUUCUCAGCAAAGGGUUUAUGGUUGUAAUGUAAUCCAAGCCGGUGCAAUCCCUAGGGAAAGCAUUGAGCAUUCUGGUAAUGGGUUUGCUACUUUUCCUCAAAGGCAUUACUCCAAUACAGAGACAGGUAUUAGUACUAGUACUAACAAAGCUCCUCCUCCAAGGCCUCGCCGGAUAAUCUUGGUUCGGCAUGGGCAGAGUGAAGGAAAUGUGGAUGAGGGUGUUUAUACAAGAGUUUCUGAUCCAAAGAUUGGAUUGACAGAGAAAGGUGUGGCUGAUGCUGAGGAAUGUGGGAGGAGGAUCAGAGAGAUGCUUGAGGAAGACCAAGUGCAUAAUUGGAAGGUCUAUUUUUAUGUGUCUCCUUACAAAAGAGCAGUUGACACACUCAAGGGUUUAGGGAAAGCAUUUGAGCGAUCGAGAAUUGCUGGCAUGAGAGAAGAGCCUCGCUUAAGAGAGCAAGAUUUUGGGAACUUUCAGGAUAGGGAGAAGAUGAGAGUGGAGAAAGCUAUCCGAAUGCGUUAUGGUCGAUUCUUUUACCGGUUUCCUAAUGGGGAAUCUGCAGCUGAUGUUUAUGAUAGGAUCACAGGAUUCAGAGAAACACUUAAAUCGGAUAUAGACGUGGGACGGUUUCAGCCUCCAGGGCAGAGAAAUCCAAAUAUCAACUUAGUGAUAGUUUCACAUGGUCUAACUCUCAGGGUGUUUCUAAUGAGAUGGUACAAAUGGACAGUGGAGCAGUUUGAGAGACUGAACAACUUUAGUAAUGGAAGUAUGGUGGUUAUGGAAAGAGGCUACGGUGGAAGGUACAGUUUGUCAGUACACCAUAGAGAAGAAGAGCUAAGAGAGUUUGGAUUGUCAGAUGAAAUGUUAACUGAUCAGGAAUGGCAAAAAUAUGCAAAACCAGGAGAGCUGAACUAUGAUUGCCCAACGAUAAAUUCCUUCUUCACCCACUUUGGUGAAGAUGAUGAUGUUGCAGCUGAGGAGGAGUACUUGUAA